CCCGUGUCCUGGGAGCAGAGCCCCAGCCCCCGCCGCCGCCAUGUCGGGCCGGUCGGUCCGGGCCGAGACCCGCAGCCGCGCCAAGGACGACAUCAAGAAGGUGAUGGCGGCCAUCGAGAAAGUGCGGAAAUGGGAGAAAAAAUGGGUGACUGUGGGUGACACUUCCCUCAGGAUAUUUAAGUGGGUUCCCGUGACGGACAGCAAGGAGAAAGAAAAGUCAAAAUCGAACAGUUCAGCAGCCCGGGAACCUAAUGGCUUUCCCUCUGAUGCCUCAGCCAAUUCCUCUCUCCUUCUUGAAUUCCAGGAUGAAAACAGCAACCAGAGUUCUGUGUCUGACGUCUGUCAGCUCAAGGUGGACAGCAGCACCAACUCAAGCCCCAGCCCCCAGCAGAGUGAGUCCCUGAGCCCAGCACACACGUCCGACUUCCGCACGGAUGACUCCCAGCCCCCCACUUUGGGGCAGGAGAUCCUUGAGGAGCCCUCCCUGCCUGCCUCAGAAGUUGCCGACGAACCUCCCACCCUCACGAAGGAAGAACCAGUUCCACUGGAGACACAGGUUGCUGAGGAAGAGGAAGACUCAGGUGCCCCGCCCCUGAAGCGCGUCUGUGUGGACCAGCCUGCGGUGCCGCGGACAGCAUCAGAAAGCUAGCACCCUCGGUGGCCUCACCUCCUGGCCCCCGCCUCUAUUUAUUGCAUUCUGGUUCUGGCCGUGCUGUGUUGCUGGGAUAAGGGCAAGCACUGGGGACUGGAGCCUGCACAGACGAGCCCUCUGUACUGGAAAGCGACGUAGGACUUGAGGCCGUAGCGUCAUCUUCCUUCCCUGGCGCCUGUGUCUGCCUGCUCCUGACAAGAGCAACACUCAUGUCCUUUUUGUGCCCAGAGUAGGCUGGAGCAUCAGCCAGCUCGAGGUUCACCUGUCACCUCCAGAACCUCUGGACCGAGCCACUGUCGCUUCUAGAGAGGAGGACGUGGAAGGCACCCUCUAGUGAAGACAGUGCCUUGCAUUACUUGAACUUGAAUGGAGACUCGAUUUCUGCACUUCCCUGUAGUACUAGGGGCCCUACCCUGCAGACUGCUGUUGGAGAAGGACUCGGGUAGACAGGAGGGGAGGGAAGGGCUUCACCAGAUGGGGGCAGAAAGCUCAUGUAGGUUUCUUGCCGGUGACUGAAGUCGUCCCACUCUGAGGGGCUCUCUAGCUGCUGACAGCCCUCUGUCCCCGGCUGUGACUCUUCUCCCCAGAACACACACGCACUUUCCCUUUGUCACCUGUACUUUGCAUUCCCGAGGCUGCUGCCUCUGCCAUGGCCACAGCUGCCCCAGCAAGGGUUUGAGGUUCUGACAACAGUACCCAUCCCCCACAGUACUCCUUCAGCCGAGACUUUCUAGAAAGUUCCCUUUUCUUUGAAAUCUGCAUGUUUAAUUGAACUUUGUGAUUUUUAUUUUUUGUUUCAAAAAAAGUUUAAGAAAAUGGAAAUGGGUAACAGUGAGUGAAGACAUAUUUUAGCACUGCAUAGAAUAUUUUUAAAAUUAAAUGAUUUGAAAUAUG